UACACUUCUAAAUCUGAAAAUGGCAUGUUCCUCUCGUUACUACAAGUAUUUCUUCGCAAUUUUAACAAUUUUAAGUGCAAUUACGUUAGUUUGGCGUUUUAUGACGUCUUCGCACGCACCAUGUAUGUGCUCAUUAGACGAGAUCCAAAUGAGCGAAGAUGGUCCGAAGAUGCCAAGGAGGAUGCUACCAAUGUUAUCCAAACAAAGAUCGGAUAAACAGCAGACAUGCAAAGGAUCCAAUCUGGGAGGAUAUUCAGAAAAAGAUCGGAAUGAAGAUCUGAUAAUUUAUACUGAAUUAUCUAAAUGUGCAAGUACAACUUUUGUGCAAAUUUUGACGCAUGCUUGUAAAUAUUCUGAAAAAUACUCUACUCAUUAUACAUGGCCUUUGGUGAUACAAAGUGUUCUUAAGGUACCAGACUUUGCAAGCAAGCAGAAAUUUGUUUAAAAUGAAGUUCUACCUUUUACUAAAAAGCCAUACAUCUUUAUGGGACAUUUAGGUUUCUUUGAUUUUAAGGAACUGGGAUACAAGCAGCCUUUAUUCAUAGACUUAGUUCGGGAUCCCGUCGAAAGGUGGAUCUCACUGUACUAUUAUACCAGGCAAGACCAGUACCAUAGGAAACGACUUGAACUUACUUCGAAAGAGAUUAAGCAAAGUCUGGAAAUUUGUCUUAGACUGUGGAUACGUCAGGCCGGUUGUAUGGGAAGGGGUGCCAAAGACACUGCAACGUGUUUAAAGACAAGGCCGUUCUCGGGAUGCAAAGGGGGACAUAUUGUACCAACGUAUCCAGAGUGGUUUUCUGGUAAAUAUAUGCAUAUCAAUUCUUCCAUGGUGUCUAUCGAAAGAGCUAAAGCCAAUAUAGAGGAAUAUUAUACAUUCAUUGGAAUAACUGAACAUUUUAAUGAAACAUUGGUUGCCAUGGAGACUAUUUUACCUAGGUUUAAAAAUGAAUUGACUGAGGCAUACAAUCCAACAAAGAAUGCAAAUGUCGGGGACAAUAAGGUUCGACCAGACAACACAAGUAUUGCUGUGAUAAGAGAAUUGUUAGCAGAUGAUUACGACCUCUAUAAAUUCAUACUCCAACGAUUUUACCAUCAUUUGACGUGUUUGGGUGUGCCAAUUAAUUAGCUACAAGGAGACAACAACAACAACAGCAACAACAACAAUUCAAUAAAGAAUAACGGACAGUUAAAAUACAAGGGGCAAUCAAAAUGUUUUGACAUGGCACGAAACUAGCCUUACUCUACUCAGUGGUCUCACCCCCUAUUUAUUCAUCAGGGGAAGAUAAGCUUUAAAUGGCGACAGAAAUGAUUUUAGAUAAAGAGGGACUGAAUGGUCAAUUAAUCUGUGUUUGGGAGUUAAAUCGAAUUCUACUUCUGCUGCCAUCUCUUUGCCGGUCCGAAAUCUAUCAUAUAGACUCCCCGGGGCGAAAUCUCCGUGAUCAUUUGUUUAUUCAUCUUACAAUUAAUGUUUUUCACAAUGGAGAUAUAAUUGCAUAACCACCUAAAUAUAUUGGAUUGGAACAAAACUAAAUUGGGUGCGACCAAUUUACUUCAAGAUUCCUAUAACGUUUUUACUUUGACAUAUCAUGGUCUCCUGUGGAUGCUAUAGUAACAAUAGAAUAUUUAGUACUGGUA